UUGCGUUAAAUGGGCAGUAUAUUUGUAGAUUUGGUUUAAUGCGCCAAUUCUAUAUAAUUUUUUUUUAUUUUUAGAGAUAUAUUACGCGAAUUAUUAAAACCUCUGCCAUUUGAUAAUGUGAAUAAAAAUUGUAGUGUACGCUGUCAAUGAAAUUGCAGGCCUUAGCCAAAUUAUGUACAAGCUAUUUAUGGUAAAGGAAUCGAGAUAAAGUGAAAUGUUUAAACGUACUUUUAAGGUGGUAUUCCGCCCAACUAAGAGUAAUUUUCUUUUACUGCCUGAGAACUAUUACGGUGUUGUAUCAACAUAUGACACUGGCUGCUUAAGUUUACAGUACAAUGGGCACACACACUACGCAUCAUGGGCGCCACAUGCGGGCGCAGUCAAAGAUACCGAAAUUGGGAUCAAUGCCAGAGUGGCGAAAGAAAUCGGCCUGAGUGAGAAUGAUUUGGUGAAGUGUUCUCUCAUCGCUGACGUCUUGACAUUGAGGAACGUUUUCGUUACACCGGUGUCGGCCAAGGACUGGGAAAUAAUUGAACUUAGCGGUGAAAAAAUAUCAAAUAGUGUCCUUGAACAAACUCGAAUUGUUAAUUCUACACAAAUUCUUAUAGUAUGGAUAAACAAAUCGAUGCAAGUGGCCUUAACAGUAGAUCGUUUGCGUCCAAUUGUUUCAUAUGGCCGGAUUGACCACAACACAGAACUGGUUAUAGCACCAAACCUGUACAAAGACAUUACUAAUGGAAGCAGCAACGAUACUUCUUCGGAUACCAGCGAGCAAAGCCUGAAUCACUCAAGAGAAUUAGUCCGUUGUCGUACCUCCGCUCAGAUUCGUAAUCAAGCUGAUACAAAUGGCGAGACUCACUUGGCCCGUUCUACAACGGAAAAAAAUAUUAACAAGCUAACACGUUCGGAGUCGUUAGCGAAAAUCAGCCGUAACGACAAAAUCGUACGUUUGAAGAAAGACUUGCGCCGAGAAAGUACCCACAUAUUCGAGUUCCGAGCAGUUAGCGGUGAAUGGCAAGAAAAUUCACAAUUUUCGGAUGUAUUCCUCAGUAAAAGUAACUGGCCUGAGUUUUUGGAAUUGGAUAAAGUCUAUCACAUGAAGACGCCUAGUGAACAUGAAUACUAUGUGAAAGUACGUGUGCUGGCAGAUGAUGAGCUUCCCCGCACCGCGCACACCAGCAUUCAAGUGAAUUUGAAUCUCAUGCAGAAAUUGAAUUUGAAGGAAAUGGAAAAGGUUGUACUAAAACCCAAAGCCUCAGUUGUUAAUUUUGUGGAGAAAAUAGAGUUAUAUGCGCAAAAGAAGACCCAUUACAAGAUUAUUGAGAACGCCUUCAAACGUUAUGUUAUUGAAAAAACGAAUAAAUCGCCCAUGCUUUUGAAUCAAGACGAGGUUGUACGUUUGGAGGAGGAUCUGAUUGUGACUGUUGGCAUUUUACCUGAACAUUUUCGAUAUUGUGUUAUAGACUCGCAAUUUUUAAAAGAGUCAAAAAUCUAUGCAGCAGAUUUAGUUCGUAAAGUCGAUGAGAUAAUUGAAGUACAACCGAAAAUAGAAUCCACAUUGAGUGUUAAAGAUUUGAUAAAACUGCCGGCAUUUGAUAAAAUUGUUGCCAAUUUAGUUGAAGAGUUGAAAAUGAAUUUGUGCUUGGAUUCAAAGAAUGCAGUACUCAGGCAGGGGAAUGUUCUAAUAGCAGGUGCGUCCGGUACUGGUAAAACUGUGUUAGUAGAACGGGUAUUGAAUGAAUUGGUGAAGAAGCCUUAUUUUUGCUUUUUUGAUAUAUUCUACUGUUCACGGAGUAAAGGAAGAAAGGCUGAAUCGAUACAAAAAGACUUGCGUAGUAUAUUCACCAGCUGUUUACAAAAUGCACCUUCUAUUGUUGUGUUGGAGAAUCUCGAUGUGCUGGCUCAUUCUACGGGCGAUCAAGCAACGCAAGAUGGCGAGUACUACAACCGAAUUGCUGAUACGGUGCACCAGUUGAUUGUGCAAUACACCAGCACCAAUCCGAUUGCGGUGGUUGCGACAGUUAAUGAACUCCAAGCACUGAAUAAACGUCUAUAUUCACCGCGUGGACGCCAUCUUUUCCAGAAUGUAACUAAACUGCCUAAUUUAGAACGCGAAGCGAGGGAAGUGAUACUUAAAGAACUGUGCAGUCACAUUGAAUCGGAAAAAUUAGAUUUGCGAAAGUUUGCAAACUUGACCGAAGGCUACACUAAAGGAGACUUAGUGCAGUUUGUUGAGCGUGCAAUAUUCUAUGCAUAUAGAAUAAAUAAAACACAUCCUAUUUUAACGAAUGAGCUUUUAAUCGAUUCCUUAGCGAGCACGAACUCGUAUUGCCUUCAAGGUAUUGAAAAUCACCAAAAGGUUAACGAUGACGACAGUCUUGAGGAAUUGUCUGUCGAAGAAGUGCCUGGUUUGGAACAAGUUGUUUCGGUAUUGGAGGAGGUUUUAAUGUGGCCUUCAAGAUUUCCAAGCAUUUUCCAAAAUUCACCGCUACGCAAUCAAGCGGGCGUGCUUUUAUAUGGCCCACCAGGUACUGGUAAAACGUUCCUUGUAUCGAAAAUUGCAAGCUCAUGGAAUUUGCGAACAAUAUCCGUUAAGGGUCCUGAGUUGUUAGCUAAAUAUAUUGGGCAAAGCGAAGAGAAUGUCCGUAAUUUAUUCAAUCGUGCCCGCAGCGCAAAGCCUUGUGUGCUGUUUUUUGACGAAUUCGAUAGCUUAGCACCAAAACGUGGUCAUGAUUCAACAGGUGUUACGGAUCGAGUAGUGAAUCAACUGUUGACUGAGCUAGACGGUGUGGAGAGUUUGCAAGGCGUUGUCGUAAUUGCGGCCACUUCUCGACCAGAGCUAUUAGAUCCGGCGUUACUGCGCUCAGGACGAAUUGAUCGGUUAGUCGAAUGCUCUCUGCCUGACGCUACGGCGCGAGUGCGCAUAUUUGAAGCGUUGUCAGCGUCGCUGAAUCUGGAUGACUCUGUUGAUUUCGAGUACUUCGCAUCGCGUACACAAAACUACACAGGUGCUGAUAUACAGAGUCUUCUGACUUCGGCUAACAUGAUAUCAGUGAAGGAGGCGUUAUCACAAUAUGGGCAUGCGAAACUGCCGUCCAGGAUUUUAGUGCGCCAGAAGCAUCUAAUCGAAGCUUUCAACACAACACGCCCAUCGCUCAGUGCAUCGGAUAUAGCCAAAUAUCAAAAGACUUAUGCGCGGUUCACGAAUAAGGAACGCGGUGGAGCACGCGACUUUGUGGCUAAGCGAGCCACGCUGGCAUAGUCGUUCGAACUGGCUUUAGUUUGAAAAUUUGCAAUCAUUUUUAAAAGUUUGGUUUUAUUUCUAUAUUAAGGAAGCGUAUUUGACCCAUAAAUAUGGUGAUGUAUAUGUAUGUACAUAUAUAGUGGUGCGGUAUCACAAACAUAUAUUUAUUUUUUUGUUGUUUUGUUUAAUUUGACAAAUAAAUGCGAAAUGAAUUUUUAUUAA